UAAAUUAUGUACCAUUAUAACAAAUCUAACUAAAAUGUAUUAUCGUAUGUUUGUUUACAAUAAUUUAUACUAAUAAUAAAAGUAUGAAAGUUUUUAUGUUUGUUGUCGACUCAGUAACAAUGGUUGAUAGUAUUUUGUUGAAGAUAGUUUAUUAUCUAUAAUAUUGAAACUAAAAAUUUAAUUAAAGAAAUAGAUAAUUUAAAAGAGUAAGUUCUAAAUGUCAGUUUAUUAUACAGUCAUUAGUAAAUUACUUUUAAUUGGUUUAUAAUCAUAAUGCAUUAGUGUACCUUUACUGGUUCUUGAGUUUACAUAGCAAUGGAUCUAUGAUUUAAAUUGAUCUUUGAUGCACCCGACAGUGAUCCAAGCUACUUUUUAUACCGCAAAAAUAAAUCUAAAUUAGAAAUUGUACACAUACCCCCGUGCAUUGUUAUAAAAGUAAAACAAUAACAUUAACAGCAUUUUAUAAUGACAUGAUACAGUCAAGAUUGUAUAAAUUCAGCGCAUAUAUUUACGUUUUAAUUCGUAAAUGGGAUUAGCUUCUUCCGAAGGCAUUUUUGGCGUACCGAAUGAAUAUACGUAGUAGAAAAAUAAAUCACCUUAUUUUGUGUUCAUUAUGGAAAUUGUUAAAUUGAAAUCAAAGACUAAUUAGCUUUAACAUAGAACAUUUUACUAUUACACUUUAUUACUUUAUAUACUACAUUUUAUUAAUUAGCUUGACUUGAAAAUUUUACUGGCCAAUUAUUCGUUGUUUUUGCACAUAAGUACUUCUUAGUGAGGCACUAGAAACUUACACGUGCCGCAUUAAAUUUAAUAUUUUGCAUAAUGUUUUACGUUCAGCAUUAGCGGCUGUUUGAUGUCACAAACUUGAAACUGGAACGCGUCCAAUAAAAUACGACUUAUCUAUUGAAAUUACGAAAACCAUUGAAUUAAUCCAAAAGCAUUUCGUACAUUGACUUUUGGCGCUCAAUACAAGUUCAUUAGAUAAUAAUAUUGAAGUCAUUAACCGUGGUGAAACAGAAGUAUUUGUUAGAACUUGUAUUUGCGCAUUCAAAAAUGUUCUAUUGCAUUGUUAACGAGUCGCAGGUGAAUGUAGCGCGCUGUAUAUGCGAAGUAGGUGCGUGCCACGGCGUGUGCAGAAUCGGCUGCAUCACGAGGGCCCGCGAGGGGCACCACCGCUCUAGCCGUCUUUUUUCAUUUUCCGUGCGUCUUUUUUUGGCAUCGCGCGUUAACCUUGGCUGUUAUUUUUUUUUUUUUUUCAUAGCGAAACACAGUGCACGUACGCGCACAAGUUUUGGAUAGUCGUAGAGCGUCCCCCACUCGACGCGUCCGAAUUUUCUGCAUUCGGACGGCGCGAAGAGUUUUCGGCGGUCGCAUUCGCGAGCGAGGCUCCCCGCGGCUAGGAGCGAACGCGUACGGCCCUACACACACGCGCGUCGCGAGCGCUGCAACAUGCGGAAGUAAUCACACCGACCCUAACUAACUAAGCCUGUGUGCCUCGAGUGUUGUGAGCUGAUUGACGGACACCAAGUGAUACAAACUAUGAUAGUUGUGAACGGCUCAUUAGAGCUCUGAUGGUUUAAAUAUAUAACGAUACGAGGACUGUGGAAUUAGCGAAAUGGAAUCGAGGGCAGGCAUUCGAGGCGGCCCGGGCAUGGACUCGCAGCAGCAACAGUACUGCCUAAAAUGGAACAGCUUCGGUUCGAACCUCGCCACGUCAUUCGCGAACCUCUGGAAUUCGGAGAGUCUCGCCGAUGUCACGCUCUACUGCGAAGGUCGCCAAUUCAAAGCGCAUAAGGUGAUACUGGCCGCGUGCAGUAAACAUUUUCAAGAGCUAUUCGACACGGCGCCACCUAGCCAUGCGGGCGCUUGUUAUGUCAUUUUGGAGGCUACCACUGCCGACAACAUGCAGGCCCUCCUCGAAUUCAUGUACAAGGGCGAGGUACACGUCAGCCAGGAUGCCCUUUCAAGCUUUCUUAAAAGCGGCGAGAAUUUACAGGUCAAGGGUCUGUCUAUGGAAAUGUCCCAGGAUGCUUGGGUAAAACAACAAACACAGCAAUCAUCUGGAGAACGUCACCAAACACGUAUAAAGACAAGUCCGGUAUCAGGGUCGGGGAAUUGUGAGGUCCAAGAGUCUACCCCUCUGCAACCCCACAAUACCACUUUCGCUCCAAUUAUGCCCCAAUAUGGACUGCCCAUCCAUAGCGGUGGAAACAUAGGGCGAUUUGCGCCCUCCGGCCACCACUUGCCAAUACACCCGUCUCACCGCCGACCAGCGCCUCCAAAGUCCUCUCCAUGCCAGAGUCCGAUCACAAGGAAUUACAGGCAAAGUUCUUCAUCAUCGCACUGCGGGAGUGUCGCCGACGAGCCGGACACCCGUUCAUCGCCUGGAGCUAGUGCUAGAUAUGAGGAGAACCCCCCAGACUGCACAUCGACCCACGGCAAUCCGGUUAAGAACAACGGCUACGAACGCAGUGCAUCCGCUAACGACGAAAUAAUGGAACGCUUGCCAAACGACCAGGGUGCUGAAGAUUUACGGGUUAAAAAUGAUAAUGAUUACCACCCAAGUGGGGGGUACAACAAUUCGCCGCCACCGGCGCCGUCCAUUACCGGCACCAACUACCAUGAGAAGCCGAUAGAGACUUCGGUGCCACCCAAACAAAGCCCCGACAUUUGGCCAACGAAAAUUAUAACCAGCAAAUCUGGAGGAAUCGCUACUGCUGACGGAAAGAAACUGAAAUGCCCAUAUUGCGAGAGACUAUACGGAUACGAGACAAAUCUACGGGCCCACAUCAGGCAGCGGCAUCAGGGCAUCAGGGUGCCGUGUCCGCACUGCUCGCGCACAUUCACGCGCAACAACACCGUGCGGCGCCACAUCGCGCGCGAGCACCGCCACCAGGUCACGCCGCACAUCUCCCAAGGACCACUACCGAACCACACGCAGUAAGAUCGAUCGCGAACAUGCUAAACUCUCAAACUUGUAACCGAACUACCUCUGUACUUUCCGGCCAGCGAGGGCGACCGUAAAUCUACCUCUUUAAUGUUAAAUGUAUCCAGUGGAGUAUAAUUUUUUGACGUUUAAUUUUAUAGACUGCGCUUGUGGAUGUCCUUAUGUCCCUGGUCGCCCUCGCCGGGCCGCGAACGGUACGUAACAAACGUACAAUAAAUUACCUCGUCGAUGCAUAUUAUAAAAAAACAGUAUCUACCUCAAAAUUUUAUCUUAAGAUUUUAAGGUUUGAAUUGUGCGAUAAUUGUUACUUAAUUUAAUGUUCAGGUGUGACUACGAAUGGUUGCUCAGUACUCGUAUCUGUCUGGUACCGUGUUUUAAAAAUAUUGUACCCCGUGUAAUAGCGCCCGCAUCACUUUUAUGUACCUUAAUUAUGCAAUUUAUAGUAAUAUGUCCAGUUGACUGUGAGAUAAAAGUUACCUUUAUAUUCGUUUUAUUUUGUGCUCUCGGUCUAGUUAUCACGUACCUUAUUUCAAUACCCAGAACUAGGGAAUCUUAGAUAUGUUGUUGAGACUGAUGGUCAUAGGCUAAGUGUGUGUAAAUAAUAGGAGAAUGUUGUAAUCGCCUUGGCCUAGGUUGAGACAUUUGUUACUGCACCCUGUGGCAAAACUACCUCUUUAUAUUGAAUACAUUAUUUUUUUCUUAUAGUUUUUAUUGAAUACAUUCUAAUGCUUUGUGCUCAUAAUGACAAUAGUCUAGAUAUUUUAAGUUUACACAUAAAAUAUAUCUGUGAUACAAAACCAAUCAUUACAAUAUCGAACAGGCCGUAUACUUAAUGAUAAUUUCCUCAUAUUGCCACAUUGUAUGUAUUCGUACGAUGAGAUAAAUGCGAAAAAAUACGAAAAUAGGGUUUCAACAGUUUUUUUUUUUAAAUACACAUUGAAUUUAAACGGGCUUCAGUUUUGUACAAAGUACAAUUUGCCGUAGAUUCUAAGUAGUUAGGGAAAAUCGAAAAAAAAAAAACGUGUUAAAUUUUCGCAUGUAAGGGCUGAUGCGUGAAUGUGUUUGAUAAAUCCAUUUCUGCAGUACGCAACGGGCUCGCCUGUAGCGGAUGUUACUAUUCAUACCAAAUAAUUAUAUGUUUCAUGGCGAUGGUAUCGAUUUUAACAUUCCGUUAGGUUUCUUAUCGUAGUGCAUUUAGAAGGCCACUUACUGCUUCUUUAUUCCUAGUCAUUACAAGUGCAACCAGUUGAGAUUUUUUGAAAGAGGAUAAUUAUUUUAUUGAUAAAUUGUGGGAGUCUUGCGGUGUCAUUGUAUUAUAUUUUGUUGAGUCGUCGCCGCGGGGCUCCGUCUCGUGUUAAUCUUUUAUUAUAAAUUCAACUGCAAUAAUUGGUCUUAGGUUACAACGGUCAGUGCCAAAUAACUUCAAUUUUAAGUUGACAUUCGUUUGUAUUAUUUAUUAUUGUCGUGAGUGAAUGUAGCGUCUGUGUGUUAUAUUCCUGAUAUUUAGGAAUAAGUUGCAUUCAUAUUUAUUAUUAUAUUUACAUUUUAAGAUACAAUUAUAGAAUAUAUUAUAGACGAAUGUUUAUCAAGGCUAAGUGACUUUUAUAUAUUAUUAUUUUAGAUUCAGUUUUUAUCUACCGUUGAAAAGACAGCGUUUUAGUUUUCUUUUAAAUGGCUAUUAUUAUUCCUUUUAUGUAAAUUUUUAGUCACAUUUUACUGAGAGUAUUCAAUUUGUUGUUAUUUUUGUUUGACGAAUUCUUUGAAUUGAUUAGUUGACGGAAAAUCUCCGAUGUUGAGAUAUUCGACACAAGAAUAAUCUCGAACGAUUACGCAUUAUACAAAUACCAAAUAGAAGCUAAUAACAGUUGAUUUGAAA